AUGUCGCUGCUAUCCGUGUCGAGAUGGCCGACUGACGAUGCUGGCAUACCUGAGAUUGACGGCGCGGAAAGUUUCGCAGACUUAGUAGACAAGCUAAGCCAAUACUUCGAUCGUACCAUCAAGCUUCCCCAUACCUUCGAAGACUUCCGCACCAGCCAACAUGGUCGUGCAUUGCAUCCUCUAAUAACCCACCUUUCGAAUCAGGUGCACCACCCCGCUCUGGUGUCCGCCCUAUUAGCCCUGAAAGGUCACUUCGAUGCUCUUGAGGAAUCGAGUGAUGAGCCAGGCGUCUAUCAAGCGAGAGGUUACGCCUGCGAAUUCGUGGCCUGGCAGUUUCUCAACAGCCUUACUGACCGCGAUGUCAUCGACUUCUUGCUACUCGAGUUGCCUUCCGCUCCAUAUUCCGACAGUGAAUCUGCCUCGAGUGCGGUCGAUCACUGCCACCAGAACGGUCAUAGCGCUGCUCGGUCUGGUGAACGUACACCUUUGCUUGACAUAGCCGAUGGUGACUAUUUUGGUACAAGGAGUGACGAUGCCGCGAAUCCGAGGUUUGGGUCACUCAAAAGUCGUUGCGAAAAUCUUUCUGCGCUUGAGAUAGCGGCAGUAGGUGGUGCUAAGAAGUUUCUGAGCCAGCGCCCAAUACAAAAAGUCAUCAAUGGAUUGUGGCGCGGCGAUAUCGUCUUUUGGGAGACGCUCAGCGUUAACUCCGUAAAACGACCCAGGAAGUAUAACCGCAAACAGGCUGAUCCAUUCUCACGUUUGCGUGUUCCUCGAUACUUGAAGAUCUUCGAGACGCUCUUUUUUGCAAUCUUCUUGGCUCUCUAUUACGCAGUACUGGUACGUCGUGAUCAAGACAAAGUCACCGUACCCGAAAUCAUGCUGUACCUGUGGAUAGCGAGUUUCGCUUACGAUGAAUUUGCGGAUUAUUUCGAUGCAGGACAGACAAGUUUCUAUGUAUCGGAUUUCUGGUGGACAUGGGACAUCAGCAUUGUCGUCGUUGCCAUGGCUUUCUGUACACUGAGAAUAGUGGGCUUGACAAACGGCGACAAAGAUACCAUUGAUCUCGCCUACGACGUUCUUGGUCUGGAGGCGCUGUUCCUUGUACCACGCAUAUUUUCUCUUCUGAGCUUGAACCCCUACUUCGGCACUCUGAUUCCUUGCCUAAAAGAAAUGACGAAAGACUUUGUCAAAUUCCUGUCACUUGUCUUGAUACUAUACCUAGGCUUUCUUACUACUUUUGUCCUACUGGCUCGUGAUCACUUUAAACCACAGGAGAUGAGCUGGAUCCUGAUCAAAGUCUUUUUUGGAUCUAGCUACCUCGGCUUUGAUGUCGCCCAGGAAAUAUCGCCGUUCUUCGGGCCUCCGGUUAUGCUCAUAUUCAUCAUUCUGACAAACAUACUUCUCAUUACCAGUUUGAUUUCUCUUCUGAGUAAUUCACUAAGCAAGAUUUUGGAGCAUGCACGCGACGAGUAUCUCUUCAUGUUAGUGCGCCGCCCAAAGUUGUUCUAUACUUUCUAACCAUAGUGCACGAUCAGCUACUCGGUCUACGUCCUUGAAGCAUCAUCUUCAAAUCGAUUGACGUACUUCCUGCCACCACUUGUAAGUGUACUGCCUCUUUCUGCUAUUCUUGGUGCUGUGAAACGUGCUUUAAGCGCUGGGCCGCGAAAGAGGCCGAGGACAUAGCCUCUCUCAUCCCACAGAACAUGAGGUCUUUUAUCCAAGUCCUACAGAGCCAACGGGCUCUGGCGAGUGUAUAGUUUGGUGAACGGCGUCUUGCGGAUGCAUCAUUAGAACAAAGUGAUAAGCCUCACGCUGCCGCCCAGGCUCUCUUGAGCAAGUGGGCCUGUCGGCCAGAAUCGUGUUAUCACGAGAGCUCUACUUGCAGAUGAGUCCAAAGCUGACGGUCCCUAGAACCUGAUUCCACUCUGCACACGGCCUUUCAGGCUCAUUCUGCCGUCGGAACAGCUGAGAAGUGCACGCAUCGUACUUCUAAAGGCGACGCACCUACCAUUCGUAGGCAUUAUUUGGGCUUACGAACAGCUCGACGUUUAUCGUAAGCGUGACGUAGGGCUCAUGUCCUUCAGUGGUCCGCAAACCCCUACAGUGACGAAAAGACCUCCGCGGCUGGCGGUGAAUUCGCCCCGUCUGCUGAGAGCAGAUACUCAGGCGACAUCUAGCACGGCAGGAAGAGCGCAGUUCACAGGCCUACCUCAGUCAGAAACAGGGCUGGCAGACCCAGAUGCACAACUCAGAACCCUCGUCAUCAACCUCACCACCCAGGUUGACGCACUAACGGCUAUUGUUUGCCAGCUUCAGGAACAGCGGGAAGCGAGCGAGGUCGCUUGA